CUCGUCAUUCUUCCGCUGAGGGGACGUGUCUGUCUGUGGUUCAUUGGGUCUUCUUCCUCAGGUCUGAGUGAGUUGAGGUGAAUUCGGCUGCCCAGGGAUCAAUAUGAUGCGAGUUGUAACAGCUAUUUUGGCUCUCUGUCUGAGCUUUUGUGCGGCUGAGACUUGCACAGACCCAGUCAUUUCUCCGUCUUCAUACACGACGACAGACGCGCUCAUCUCCUCCGAGACCGUCUUCAUCGUCGAGUUAAGUCUGGCGUGCGCAAACGGAGCUCAGAGUGUUGCCCUGUAUGCAGAUGUCAAUGGCAAGCAGUUUCCUGUGACCAGAGGCCAAGAUGUUGGCAAAUACCAGGUCUCAUGGAGUGUUCCUCAUAAGCAGGCCAGCUCAGGCACAUAUCAGGUCAAAUUCUUUGAUGAGGAGUCUUACAGUACUUUAAGAAAGGCUCAGAGAAACAAUGAAGAUGUUGAUGCCAUCAAGCCUUUGUUCUCGGUCAAUGUGGAUCACAGGGGUGCAUGGAUUGGUCCCUGGGUGUCCACGGAGGUCUUGGCUGCUCUGAUUGGCAUUGCGGUCUACUACCUGGCCUACAGCACCAAAAGUGCAAUCCAGGCUUGAGAUUUUUCCACCACACUGUUCAAACUAAUCUUGAGGCAUUCCCUAUUCUGACAUUUAAUAUGCAUAUUUUAGUGCCAUGGACACCUUGGCUAAAACAUGAGACUGGUUUGUUGUAGAGCUUGAGUGAAAAUAUCAGUACGGACAUUAAUUAUAACAGCCAAAGGUGGUAUGUAAUUUUUUUUUACAAACUCAAAUUUAAGAAAUAAAUGUUUUCAUUUGUGCUAUUAAUAUUAAACCUCAGAAAGACAAAGACAAUCACACUUUCAAGGUGAUUAUCUGUGACAUAAAAUCAUAGUCCAGUUCUGUAUUGUGAAAUGUCCCAAAUAUCGAUGAAAUUCAUUGACACUGGGAAUAAACAACUUUUCUCUGA